GCAGCCACGUAAAAAACUUAUGGGAUCAGCAUUAAUAACUAUCACGUUCAAUGGCGCCACAACAUCCACAUUCCGCACUGGGAAGCCUAAGCUGUACAUUGUUUGUAGGGAAAUAGGUUGCACUAUUGAUCGUCGCUGGUCAGACGCGCUUGUGGCCCCCGCCCUCCUGCCUCCCCCCCGCACACGGCGUUUCUUCUGAGCCACGCAGGUGCGCCGCAAAUAGUUUUAGACACUUGGAAAAAUCCAUGAGUUCAUUGAUAAGGUAUAUUUGCAUCUCAGGAACAUCAAAAUGUGAGUGUUUUUUACACCCCUCAAAGCACCGCCGUCUAAUUAGCUCCCCCGAGUGCCAGGCAACUUGGAGACACAUCCUGUCGCAUCUGAACUCCGCUGCAUUUCAGCCGGGCCGCUUGUGCUCCGCCGCGGCAUCUGCUUUUCGGGGAUACGGGCAAAAUCGAGCCCGCAGUCCAGCUGCAGCUCCGGGAGAUAGACGGGGUCUGCAGGUAAAGGAGCGGAAUAAUAAUAAAAAUAGAAGCAAUCAAGGAAACGUCUUUUCGCGAUCAACCUACCGCGGCACAGGCAUGAAGAGAUGUAUGAAAAUGGCCAGUCCUCAUUGACGGAGGAGCCACGUUUGCUGCAGUCUGAGACCCCUGAAACGACACAGUAGUGGAAUGCUUCACUCUCCAUACGACACGCCGUUGGAAUGAGACUCAGAGGCCGGGACAUUCAAGACCCCACAGUGUCCUGGAUAUCCAGCAUCCUGGGCGUGCAGAGCGUCAGGCUCCGCUUGAGGCUGGACCGCCGUGACGACAAGGGCCGGGGGUGCUGGCAGCUGGUGGACCUGGGCGGCGAUGAGGACGGGAGGAAGCCAUGCGGGGAGGCGACGGAGGCGUUCUCGCAGAGUUCGAUGAGCAUUCCCGCAGCCUCCGUGCAGAAAGCUGACGGCGGUGACAUGCAGGAGCCGGUGGUGGGUCCCUCCUUCAUCCCCGGCCAGAGGGGGAAGAUACCAGGCAGGAAGCGGGGGAGGCCCCCCCUACGCAAUGUCCCCAAAAUGGAUUUUCCCAACCGGUACACAGAGUCGCUGUCACCCCUAAAAGUGCCGAAGAAGAGGGGACGCAAGCCCGGAUUUAAGCCUUGUAUUGUGUCCGCAGUCUGCAUUUAUAUAAACAAGCAAGCCAACACAGGUCCUAAUCUUGACAGGAAAAAAGUGCAGCAGCUCCCAGACCACUUUGGGCCGGACCGCCCCUCCGUGGUUCUGCAGCAGGCAGUGCAGGGCUGCAUUGACAGUGCUUUCCAGCAGAAAGCCGUGUUCUCGCUGCUCACGCAGGGCUACGGCGGCGAGAAAAUUUCAGCCACAUUUGAUGGGAAGCAACACCUUCUCAGUCUGCCCGUGGUGAACAGUGUUGGCUAUGUGCUACGCUUCCUGAAGAAGCUGUGCCGCAGUUUGCACUGCGAGAACCUCUUCAGCGACCAGCAGUUCGUGCGGCACCAUGCCGACAAGGGCUGUGAGGGCAACGCGGCCUCCACAGACACCUCCAUGCCUGAGGACUACCUUGUUGACCCGAUUGACUCCAAGCGGUAUUCGGUGGACCCCAGCGACUCUGCUUUCAACACCAUGAAUUCACCCUAUCCGCCCAAGCCGUACGGCUACCGUGUGUGCCAGCCAUUUCCAGGAGGCUCCGCCCCCCCAGGCCUGUGCAGACAGACGGCCAGCCCCAGCACCUUCCAGGAAGGAAACAGAAGUGCCUACAGUCCCUCCCCGGAGUCCCAGGAGUCCAAGCCCCCUCCCAGUAAAGACCCUUCCACCUGGACGGUGGAGGACGUGGUGUGGUUCGUCAAGGACGCCGACCCGCUCGCCCUAGGCCCACAUGUGGAGGUCUUCAGGAAACACGAGAUCGACGGCUACGCACUGCUGCUCCUGAAGAGCGACAUGAUCAUGAAGUACCUGGGGCUGAAGCUGGGCCCGGCGCUGAAGCUGUGCUACCACAUCGACAAGUUAAAACAGGCCAAGUUCUGAGUCUCCUUUGGUGCUGGAGGAAUCCUCAAUCGUUAGCAUUAAUUCACGGUGCGGUAAAUGCAUAUGUACUGUUUUUUUUAUGUUUUAUGGAAGGACAAAAUUUUAAAAGUACUUUUUAUUUAUAGAAUCUGCAGAUGUUAAAUUCAGUGGCUGUCACACAACACACAGAAUUUUACAAACAUUCUCUCGCCAGCCUAGUGAGACGUCUUGGGGUGCCUGUGUGUUAGCGGUGAAGAACCAUGCCCACAAUGGGAUCAUAGUAUGAUAAAAGGCUGGUUUUAAAAAGGGGGUAAGAGCGAAUGGCAACUUUCAGAGGAAGUUACAAUAUAGAGAAGAAACUGUUUGUCAAAUAUACACAAAACUAACAUAAUGACCUCCUGCCUGAAUCCAGAGGAGGUUCACACAGAUGUUCCUUGCCCUUGUAUCUGGGAUGUUUUCCAAGAGGCUUCCCACUCUGCCUCUCUGCUACCCCCUACUGGCUCAGUAAGCCAUAACUGCUCAGGCUCACUGUCCCUAUCUCACCAGCAGCAGGUCACCUCUCUUAUUCACCAGCAGGGACCACUGUCGUAGGGCAGCUAGACUUGUAACAGGGCGGCACGCGGCCUACCAGGAGAUCUGCCCAACAGAUCAGUUAGCCUCAGCCCAGCAGUAGCAGAAAUGGGUAAAUACAGUAUAUUCACAGCCGCUGGAAUCAGCCGGGAAGCUCACAAAGCCGACGCAGGAGCAACACACCUGAUCUGAUAUGUACAUGUGGUUAUUCUCAGCUGCUUGGUUUACGACAGGCGACCUCACUUGGAUACAGGAAGAUAGAGACGCGAAAGAUAACGAAUCGCAAAGCCAGUGUGAGAUGCGGUUUAUGACAUCAAAGUCGUCGCUGCAGUCAUCGUUAGGACCUCGUGCCGUUUCUCUGGCUAUAGAUGUAUGUGAGAAGCUUCUGAAGGCUUGCCACAGACUCCACAGUGUCCAGCUACGCCAGCCCAUUUCAAGAAAACAAUCACUCAAGUGGAUGAUUUUAUUUGUAAGAUAAGUAGUUUUUAGACACAAAAAUGUUCUGGUACCUGUUUAUUAUUAUUAUUAUUAUUAUCAAUUAUUAUUAUUAUUACUACUAUAUUUAGAAUUUUGAAAAUGGUAUACAUUUGAAGAAAAAAAUGAUUAAGUAUUUCGUGUUUGAGUAUUCCUUGUCUUUCAGGUGACAAGGAAGAUGGCGAGGGAAGCAUUUUUAACGUACUUUGGUUUUUUUUAUAACAUAUGCAGUAUAUAUGAGGUUAAUGUUUCCUUUGUAUCCAAGCACACUUGUAUAUACCACCAUUUUAAAGUGACAAUGUAUAAUCAUAAAGAUAUGGUACAAGCCUAACUUUAAACAAAACAGGUACUGUUACUAAACUGUUAGAUGUUUCCGUGCGAUAUCUGCAUUCGCCUACGUGAACUGCAUUUUUUAAAAUAAAUUUAUCGCGGGCCAUUCCGGUACACCUGGGGCACCUACGUAGCUACUUUGACAUCCUCCAUACUUCUCCAAAAACAAUCAUAAUAACUCACAGGGUUCAACACUAUCAACACUUCAACAGUAGCAAUGUUUGUUUCCCCCCCCCCCCUUUUUUUAUGUACGGUUUUGGAGGGUUUUUCAGCUAUGAGCUGCCAUGUGAUUUUUCAAAAUUCUUCCAGCUAGCUUUAAACGCGAACAAUGCUUCGCCAUUUUACCGGAGACGCCUCAGUCCUCCACGGCCUCUCCAUCCAUACGAUGCUAGUCUGUGCGGAGGCGUUCGGCUUUGCUUGUGUGUUGCUGUGUAUUGCAUUUCUGUGUUUAUCAUCAGUGUAUCCUGAUGCUGCUUUCUAAGAUGAAUAAAUGUAAGCCAGGACUGGAGGAAAACCAAGCGAAGAGUGUAUGUAGCUACAGUGGAGUUUUGAGGUAUGUUACCUGGAAGGCUGCUACAUGAAUCAUUCAUGUUGGUGCUAAAUUUUAAAGUGUGCUUAUUCCUUUGGUUUGCUUUAGUGCUGUGCAAUUUCGUGUGAUUUUACAAAAAAACCAGACCUGCAUAUCCUAUGUAAGUUAUAAACAGAGCGUUAUAGUGUAUGAAUAAAGCAUUACACUCUA